AGGGCCGCGGGCGGCGGCUCGCGCGCGGCCGUAACGGCGGUACCGGCGGUAACGGCUGUAACGGCCGUGGCGGCGGUGAUCUGGCUAGAAAACCACUAAGCUUCAAGCGACGUCUCGGUGGAAGUAAUGCAGUUUGUUUACAUGCUAGCAAUUUACCAGCAGCUGUCACGUUUAAGAUAAUUGCUCAGUCCUCAUGGAAGGCGUGAGGGAGUGGAAAUCUUCAUCUGAAACAUCAAGGGUAGCGCACGUGACAGCAGGAAGAAUCAGAGUAAAACUUAAUAGUCAUGGCAGCACGCUGGAGGAGAGUCCUGAUAAUAUUUGUGGCAGCUCAAGUACUAUUUGUGGUAAAGACCUUUGAGGAAGAGGAUGUACCUGAAGAAUGGCUUCUUCUUCAUGUUGUUCAAGGUCAGAUUGGAGCGGGAAACUACAGCUACUUGAGACUAAAUCACGAGGGAAAGAUAGUACUUCAGAUGCGGAGUUUAAAAGGUGAUGCGGAUUUGUAUGUAUCUGAUAUAACUCUUCACCCCAGCUUUGAUGAGUACGAGUUACAGUCCGUAACUUGUGGCCAAGAUGUUGUCCACGUACCAGCACACUUCCGCCGCCCAGUGGGAAUAGGGAUUUAUGGUCACCCCUCUCACCUGGAGAGUGAGUUUGAAAUGAAGGUCUACUACGAUCGAACAGUUGUACAGUAUCCUUUUGGCGAGGCUUCUUACAACCCAGAGGAGAUGGAAGCAAACCAGAAAUACUCACACACCACAGAAGAUGAAUCUCAGGAUGAAGAAUCUGUUUUCUGGACUAUACUUAUUGGAAUCUUGAAAUUAAUACUUGAAAUUCUUUUUUAAAUUCAUAUACACUGGACUAAAUCAAAUUUCAGCCUGUGAAAUUGAACAUGAAUAACUUUCUGUAAUAU